AUGGGAAUUCCAGGUUUCUUUUCCUGGAUCAGCAAAAAAUACCCGUGCAUUGUCGUCCACUGCGUCGAAGAGAAGCCAACCAUUGUUGAUGGUGAAGAGGUCCCCGUGGACACGACCAAGCUAAAUCCGAACUAUGUAGAGUUCGACUGCCUGUACGUCGACAUGAACAGCAUCAUCCACAUGUGCACGCAUCCAGAGAAAAGGCCAGCUCCAAGAAGCGACGCCGACAGGUUAAAAGGGAUGUUCGAGUACCUCGACCGCAUCUUCGCCAUCGUUAGGCCCAGGAAACUUGUCUACAUUGCCGUGGACGGAGUGGCACCAAGGUCAAAGAUAAACCAGCAGCGCACCCGUCGCUUCAAGGGCGCCAAGGAAUCUGAACAGUCGGCCCAGCAGAUGGCGCAGCUCCGCGCCAAUCUGGUCGAGCGAGGCGCGCGCCUGCCGCCCGAGCGUCAACCCUUCGACAGCAACUGCAUCACGCCGGGCACGGAAUUCAUGGAGUUGGUGAACGAUUCUCUGAACUUCUACAUCCACCACCGGCUCAACUACGAUCCUGGCUGGAGCGGUAUCGAGGUCGUCCUGUCCGACUCCACGGUUCCCGGUGAAGGGGAACACAAAAUUAUGGACUUCAUUCGCGCCGAACAAGCCAGCGAGAAGCACGAUUCCCAGACGAGACACUGCCUGUACGGUCCAGAUGCCGACCUUAUUAUGCUGGGGCUGCUGACGCAUGAGCCCUAUUUCACUGUCAUCAAGGAAGACCCGCGCUACCAUGAAGCCAAGUUCUGCAAACUCUGUGAGCAGCCUGGCCACGAGAAGGAAAAAUGCCGAGGCCUUCCGGACGAAAAUGUUUCUUUUUUUUUCGAAAUGCAGAAGCCUCCGCCUGAAGUGUCAUUUGUAUUUGUCCGCAUCAACACCUUGUGGGACCUGCUGGCAAGUGAGCUUUACGUGAAGAACCUUCCCUUUGCCUUCUCCGAGGAGCGAGCCAUCGAUGACUGGGUUUUCCUGUGCUUUCUGGUCGGAAACGACUUCCUGCCCCCGCUGCCGUCUUUGUCGAUCAGCGAACGUGCCCUGGAAAGGCUGGUUGACGCGUACAAGGAGACUCUGCCACAGAAUGGAGGGUACCUGACGAAAAAAGGCCACGUCGCGAUCAAGCGACUUCAAGUCCUCCUGAAUGGCUACCGUGAGCCAGCCAUUCAUCGAAGGGCAGCGAACUCCAGCAUCCGCGCAGGUGUCAAGCGCCAAAUAGAAAACGACGACAGUGACGACGAGGACUCGCCUGACGACGAAGUGCGGCUUUGGGAGGACGGCUGGAAGGACCGUUACUACGUGGCGAAGUUCGACGCCAGCCCCGAGAACACGGUGUUCCGCCAGAACUUGGCCCGCGAUUACAUCCGGGGACUGUGCUGGGUUCUGCGCUACUACGUAGAGGGCUGUCCAUCAUGGACGUGGUUUUUCCCGCACCUAUACGCGCCAUUUGCGUCGGACUUCGACGAAAUCGGUGAAGUCGCCGUCGACUUCGACACCGAAACAGAACCCGUCAAGCCCAUGGAGCAGCUCAUGAGCGUGCUGCCUGCGUCCAGCAGCCGAUUUCUUCCCGAGCCUCUGGCCGACCUUAUGGAGGAUCCGAGGUCUCCCAUCGUGGACUUUUACCCAUUGGACUUCAAGAUAGACCUCAACGGCCACAAGCACGUCUGGCAAGGUGUCGCCCUCCUGCCGUUCAUCGAAGAACCGAGGCUUCUCGACGCAGUCAGAGCAGUGUACCCGCUCCUGGACAAUGAACAAGCCCUCAGAAACUCCGAGGGUGACAACAUGUUGUACCUCCGCAGAGGCCAGGCAGCCUACGACUUGUUCGCCUCAGCUUACGAGAUUUGCGACGACUACGACGAGGAGCGUCAAAGGGACAAGAAUGGUGGAUCCACAACGAUCCGAGCAAUGCUCAGCAGCGGUGUCACCCGGUGCUGCAACGUCUCCCGUGAGCUCCUGGCGUCGUGCCUUGAGCUGCAGCUCCUGUCAACUAGCACUACAUCCAACUUCAGCAUUUCUCAACAGAACUAUGAGUCACCAUAG